AGUUUGAAGUGAGACGGUAGCGGACAGGUUUAAAAGGACAGGUGAGUUAAAAUGUUAAAGUUACCUGUUUUCUUUGUCUCCUCACCCUCGCCGAAGAAUACCAACAGCCGCCUCUCUGAACACAAUUACCCGGAUGUAAACACGUUAUCGGUUUCCGGGUCAGAGGUUGUUCCUCCGGCACGUUGUUUUCUCCGCAGAGAGAACCCGGGAUAGUGCCGCUCACGCGCUCCAGUGCACCUGUCAGGUAAGUCUGUCCGUGUUCAUUAACGCUGUUGAAGCUCGAGCCCAAAGGUCGAGGCGGGAACUCCGCUUCCAGUCACAUUCGGCGUCAGGAAAGAGGUUAGCUGGUUAGCUUAGCAUCCCUGAGUGAGCGGGAACCAAAACAAAGAGGGUUCUACUUGUUUUUAUCCGCUGAUCCAGGAAUUUAAUUUAAUUAACGAGUUAAUAAAUAAAUCACUGACUGCAGUCACAUAUCAUUAUCAAACCAAAAUACAAAAUCUUUAAAUUUGUGAAUAAAGUGUUGAGUUUUAUGUAUUGUCUGCCUACCUAUAAUAUUUCAGGUUUAUUCUACUAAAAUAUCAAUUUAUAUUAUCCUAAUUUCACAGGGAUUGACCUCGUUUUUAUACUCUUCAGUCCUCUGUGAUGAUUUUGACCCUCAGAUGAAUCUGAUAUUUUCUGUGUUUUUCUCGUAUAUUUUCAUGUUCAAUUUCAUGCACAUUAUUAGACAUCAGACUUCUGUUUCAUUCACUACAAUGCUAGUGGCCUACGGGUCAAAUCGUACAUUUCCGACUUUCCGACAAGCUAAUGUUAGCAUUAGCUUGACUGAGAUUCGAUGUUCAUUUCAGACAGUGGCGGCUGUGGGUCUUUCAAGGAGGGGAAGCUCAUUUUUUGUAUGUAACAGAACAGAGUCGCCAAACACAACGGCAGUUGUUGUUAACAAAGACAAAAGUCGCUGAGGAUCGGUAAAGUCUCCGGAGCAGUUAAGAACAACGGAUUGAAUAACUUGGAAAAUGCUCUGGUAGAUGUUUUAUUCUUCAAGAUCGCUGAUUCGCUUGUUUAGCUGUCAAUCAAAAAAGGAUUUCGCCUCAGACAGCUCAUCCAAUCAUGGAUGCAGAAGCUCAGCGUCCGCAAGAAAGUUGGGACCGCCCUCUCGUCAUAGAACUCCAGAGAAGCUGAGCGUCCGAUGGGCGGGACAAAGCCCAGCAUUUAUCCAAUGAGCGUCUAGUUUCGCUGCUGGAACAACCCACUUUGAGCUUCCACAUUGAAGUCAGCAGACGCUGAGCGUCCGGCUGUGUGAAGUUGUGCCGGUUAACUGUGAUUAUGUGACCUGUGAUUGAUUCUGAACAAAAGAUGAAGGCUUUCUAGCGCGUAUUUAGUUAAUGAAAUGUUCACACAGCAGUACGUAUUUCACCACUUUUUCUUUUUUUGAGGGGGGGUGACAUUUUAAGGGAAGCUGAGCUUCCCUUGCAGUCUUAGAGCAAUAGUCACUGAUUUCAGACUAUCAUGGAAAAUGUAAAAAUGUCAUAAACGGAUCUGCUGGUCUCUGCGGCUGUGCAGACCCCCCGAACAUACGAGCUCUGUUUGAAUCAGUAAUUUAACUGACAUUAUAAUUGACAGCUCUGUGGGCCAAUAAGACCCCUGCACUGUGCUUCGGAGGAGGAAACUCUGAAACCAGCAGCUACAGCAGUGGUUCUCAAACUUUUUUUGUCAUUCCCCCCUUUGGAGGAAGAAAAAAUUUCAUUCCCCCUACCCUAACAAAAUUGUGACAAAAUAGGCCAUGUAUAACUUUAUUGACAUAACAUUCCUUCUGCUGUAUUUCUCAAAACUAGAAAACAAACGUGCAGCCUUCGAGGCUGCUGCUCCCCGUCUGUGGGACGCCCUCCCCGACCACCUCAGGGCUCCACAGUCGGUGGAUGCUUUUAAAAAAGGACUCAAAACCUUCCUCUUUCAGAAAGCCUACCCGGACUAAUUUUAUCUGAUUUUAUCUGCUGACUGUUUUUAUUGUUUUGCCCUGUUGCUUGAUUUUACUGUUAUUGUUGUCUUGUUGUGCACUUUGAGAUUUGUUUUCAAAUGUAAAGUGCGUUACAAAUAAAAUCUAUUAUUAUUAUUAUUGUUAUUAUUAUUAUUAUUAUUAUUAUUAUUAUUAUUAUCAUGUUGCAAGAACAAUAAUAAUCAAACAAUAUUAAGUUGAGUAAGUACAAAAAAUCCUGUGAAUCCAAGAGCAAGAUAGUAAGAUAGCUUCAUCAUAUUUCCUUGACUUGGCUUUUUGUUGGUUUGGCCUACCGUCAUCUAGGCAUGCUGUAUUGCUGGCUUCAGCUUUUCUUUUCAUCCCUGUCAAAUAUCUCUCCAUUCUGUACUUUUAUAUACAAUUUAUUAUUCUGAUCUGAACACAGUUGCUGGUUGUUACGGUGACAGGUGAAAGCGCGGGUUGUCCGCCGCAAAAAAAAAUUCCGACGUCCAAACAUUGGUUCCGCGGCACGGACUCUGCACAACGCGAAACGGAGCAGCUUCCGCUCCUCUCAGAGCUCUCCACAGCGAGAGGAGAGGAGCAGCUGCUGGCAUAGCACGGCGUCGGUGGUUAUCUCCGCCCUGGUUUCUGAGCUAGUUCCCACCAUGAAUUAGCACAGCAGAAAGCGUCUUUGUACGCUUUCAGGAGGACAUUGUACAGGUGGGCAUAGCAGCAUACGUACAGGUGUUAUGCCGUGGAAUGCACCCCCUGCAUCCCCUCCACUUGUUAGAUUCUUAAAGUGGAAGAAAAUGAUCUCAUAUUUUUUAAAAUACGACUAUUUGAUUGUGACAACUUUCGUUCUGUUUUUAUGUGUCUCAAAAGUGCACAUACGGAGGUGUGCUUGGGUACAUAAACUGUACAGUAAGCUGUCAAGCUAGUGAACAUUAUAUUUUCGGGACAGCAAAUAUUCCAAAUCAGAGCGCUAUUUUUUUGGCUUAUCUGAAUAGCCUGAAUGAAAUUAUUAAAGGCAGACGCUUUUGAAUUCAUCCAAUGGUAAGGAAAACUUGAAUUAUUUUCGCCUUGUUAAGUACUUUCAACCGCGCUCCCGUCGGGGGUGCAAUUUACGGCAGGGGUGCAUUCUACGGCACAACACCCGACAAGUAUCUCGCCUUGAGCGUCCACCACAACAAACGCUGCUUCUUCGCGGUAAAAUAAAGAAACGGGGUUUAGGGCGCUGGACUCCCCCUGCUGGUGUGGCGAGUUCAGUAUGGCGCAUGCGUGACGAGCGCGGUGCCUGCACAGGAGGUGCCGCGCUAUCGCGGGUGCACACCAACCUAUUUGUGGCCGGGUGACGAGCGCCCCCCCAGGGAUGGCUCCGCGCCCCCCUAGGGGGGCGGGCCACACACUUUGAGAAACGCUGCUCUACAGAGACGACCUCUGACCUCUGACUGUGCUGAGAAGAACUGUGAAUGUUUAUAAGAGUCUGCAGUGUCUUUAAAUGUACCUAUAAAUGUGUGUAUGUGUAUGUGUUCCUCUGAUCACAGUGAAGAUGUUAAGGAGGAAACCGACUCGUCUGGAGCUGAAGAUCGACGACACCGAAGAGUUUGAGAGCGUGAAGAAGGAGCUUGAGGUUCAUUGUCUUUGUAACACGACAUUCUGCCUUUAGAGAUGUUUCUGUAGAUUCACACAUGUUCGUAUGUGGAUGUUAACUCUGUUUAUAUAGAUGUCCUCAGACAGUCAGUUCAGUGUAAUUUGAGGAGUUUAUCAGAGCGAACGAAACAUUCAGGCCAUAAAAAAUACAGAAAUAAUAUAUAAUAUAUAUAAUAAUAUAAAUAUUAAUAUAACUCAUUGAGUUUCUGUUCACUCACCAAACAACCACAUAAAUAACUAAAACUAAACCCUCUCUUUUCGUCUUUUAUUGUUUAAUUUUUUUACAGGCCAGAAAGCGUCAGCGAGAGGAGGCGGAGUCAGGAGGCGGGGCUUCUGUCAUCAGUGUUGACAUAAUCGGGGGUGGAGCCUCAGCUUCAGCUUCCUCGUCUACUGCGGCAUCAAGGGCGGAGCUUAUUAAUGAGCGGAUUGGCUACAAACCCCACCCCAAACCCGCGACACUACCGACCCUAUUUGGAAGUUUACAGUUUUGAUAAUUAAGAAUAAAAAUGCUUGAGAAGAAAAGACGAUUUUUGAGUCUCUGUGUCGACAGACGAUUGGAACAAACACUGAAAUAUCUUUGAUUAAAAUGAUCAACAAAUAUGAAAUGAAGAGGAUUGAUGUCUGACACUGACCUCCAUCACCUGCUUCACCUUUAAUCUGUGAACAGCUGGUGAUCACAUGACGUCUUUAACCUCAAUCAUCAAAUCCUCUGAGUCAUCCUUAAACCCACCUCAGGUAGAAGUAAAGUUCUUCUUAUCUAAUCAAAGAAUCAAUAAUCUGAUCACUGAUCAGAGUUUAACCCAACAUUAAAAAAGGUGUAGAUUCAGGCGAAAAACUUAAUUAAGUUUUUCACCAAAAUCAUGUGACCUUUGUCAUCUUCAAGGGCUUUCUUCUGCAGAGCCCCAGCAGCUCCUUAGUAAUUCACCUCUGAGUUGUGGGGGGAGUCAGCGCUAUCAAGUUCAUGAACACUAAUAUCUAUAGAGGCAUGAUUAAAGUUAAUAUUAUAAUCAACUUUCUAACAAGCCAAACAAUCGACUAAUGCACACGCUUGUUCUGCCAUCGUCCUCUCUUCUCUGAAAUUGGCCUGCAGAGCGGGGCACGGGGGGCGGAGCUUCGAUUUGUGAUGAGAAAAUCCCACUGUGAUUGAACCUGCUGUUCGGGUCUGGGAGAGGUUCCCAGAGAUUUAAGAACAAAAAUACAACUUUGCAUUUAGUUUUUAUGUUUGCAUUUAGUUUUUAUGACACGUCCAAAUGAUAAAUGAACAUGUAGAUGACAAUAAAAAAAACCAGGAUAUUCCAGGAUAUGUUACAGAGUCAUCCCAAAUUUCUACCACAUCGUGAACGUCUACCAAAAGGUUGUAUCCCCCAAUCAUAGCUGAUCGUAACCAUUCAAGUUAACGUCAAUUUCCACCGGCUUCUUUCCGUUCCUCUGCGGAUCGCCGGACUCCACAGCUGAUCACAAGAGUUCCAUUUUUUCCGGGCGCCGGAGCAUGCCGGAUAAAUUCAGCACAGAUUAACCCGUGCUGGAAAGGAAGUCAGGCACAGACACAAAAUAAAACAUCUGUCUUAUUUUCAAAAUAAAACACUCCGUGUUUCAGGGGGAUCGUAUUUCACACCAUGCAAAAUGGAGACGAACAAGUGAAAAGUUUUUGGACGUCAUUUCAACCCAAUGACACCAUGGAUGAGGAGAUUCUGAUUCUGAAAGUCUAGAAGUAGAUUUACUCCUCUGGAAGGACACAAUCUAAUGCUUAUAUGUCUAUGUGUCUGUCUUUAUAGAGACAACUCGUUAUCACGCGACUGUACAUGAAUCCGCGGGUUCUUUUAAGUUCUCACGAUUACCGCUGUCUGUAAUCUGCCACGAAAUUUGCCUCACAAAAGAGCCGGUAGGAAUUGGCGUACGGUGAAAAUUGCCGCCGUCACAAAUCUGAGCCUUUUCGGGUGCGGUGAAAUUUGGGGUUCAGACUGUUUGUCGACUAAGAACGCAGGAUUCUGUAAAUGCUCUGAUCCGGCGUCUCUUGUUAUGGAUUUCUGGGUUCGGUUUAGUUUUUUUUGUCGACUUUUGGGGUAACGCUUGUUUGGAAUUGGUACUUAAAUGAGUUUGAUUUGUUGGUCGUGGUUUACUUCUAUAUUUUCUCUAUUUUUAAUUUUUAAUUCAACAGGAAAGAGUUUCAAAAUAAAACCACAAGUGUUCAAAUAAUUUCUUUAAUUUUCAUAAUAAAUGCUACAAUACAGUUUUUAUAAAGAGUUGAAAUCAAUAAUAUCAAAUACAGAGAUUAGUGUUUGCAAACAAACUGUAAAAAGUUUUGAAGAAAAAUCAUAAAAUCUUUUUAGUGUAUUUACAGUGACAGUAGGCAGCGUUCUGACAUCACCAGCAGGCUCCACCCUCAUACAGUCCAGGAAGUGAUCUUAACUAAUCAGGACUCAUUUCUGUGUCUUUCAUAAAAAUAGAUUUCUUUUGAAUGUUUUGGAGCUACUUUAACGUUGCGCAGUUGCCAUGGUUACCAGGAUGUAAACAAGUGCUGAGGAUUUUUUCAAAGUAACUGAUUUUUGAUUUUCACCAUUUUAGAAAAAAAAAAAAUAAAAAAUUUAAACCAAA